AUGUUGAUGAGAACAUGAACCAGCCUAAAGACACCACCCCUCUCCUCCAUAAUGGAAACGGCUCUGAAACAUCCCUUCAAGCCCUUCUGAAAGCCCAACAGACCCCACCAGAGAAAAUGGGGGACUAUGACCUGUCCAUGGAAGCCAGGCUGGCCUUCAUCGAGAAGGGAAUUAACAACGGCAUGGGAGAAACGUACACCAAGUGGGACCAGAUCAAUAUGAACGUGUCCAAAUUACCAACGGACAACAUGGUGCGGCUGGACGAUCUGGAUCAAACCAAGAAUGGUUCAGUCAACCCAGAGGACAGCAAGCAGGGCUUCAGCAAUGACAACAUGGAGCAUUUCCUGAAUGGAAACCAGCAGGUCAGUGACUGCAUCAUCAGUCUGGGGAACAAAAGCCAAGCGAUGAGAGUGGAGACGUCUGCGGUGCAUUCGGCCUCGACAGGAACGACCGCCAGCAGCGACAUGUCUCUCUCUCGCAGCACCGAGGAACUGUCUCCAGAGAAGAGGUGCAACCCCCCGCAGGUGAUGAAGUGUCAAAGUGUAAGCAACAUGGAAUCAGGAGGACUGAAGCUAUUCUCCUUUGAUGGGGGCGAUGAGUGCUAUGACACAGCAGGCAUGACCAGGAUGGCAGGGGCCGGCCCAGGGCCGGGGGCUCCUCAGGGCCAGAGCAUCGUCAGGAGCAAGUCGGCCAGUCAGUUACUCAACGACCAGACUCUGCAGAUCUACGCCGGCUCUUCCGCCUCCUCCUCAGACCUGCUGUCCUCCUCCAAGCCCCCUGCCAGCACCAGCAGAUACCCCGUGUCUUCCAGCAUGGCCACGGGUCCCCCCCCCCCUCAGUACAACAUCCAGUACUCAAGCAGUGCCCUGCCUAAAGAGGGUCUGUGGGCCCCGAGGACGCCCAUGCCUCCUGAGCAGCAUGGCUACCUCCCUCCUCCUCCACACUCACUAGCCAACACCAACUACUCAAACCGUAACCAAGCCCCUCCCUACCCUCAUCAGCACCAGCAGAGGGGGCCUCCCAAACCCUCCGGGGACAUGUGGGCUUAUUCUACUGGAGGCCAGGGCAGAAGCAGCACUCUGCAGAGGCAGAGCAGCACCGCCUCCACCGCCUCCAUGGGCGACCCCAGACGCAUACAGGUGCCUGACGGGGAAUACAUGACAUACCGGGACAUCCACACCCUCGCCAGGGGGCCACUGGCGAUGAGCCAAGCCAUGCAGAGGCCCCUCUCAGCGCGCACUUACAGUAUCGACUCUCCGGGAUCUUCCAGGCCUCCCUGCGCCCGGCCGCAGCCUCACGAGCUUCCAGAGAGGACCAUGUCCGUCAGCGACUUCAACUACCAGCAGAGCAGCCCCAGCAAGAGGCCCGCCACCAGGGUGAAGUCUGAGCACUCGCUGCUGGAGGGGCCAGCACAGGUGCCGGGGGGAGUCGGGGCGGGAAGGGUGCCAAAUGACUGGAGAGACCAGGUGAUGCGGCACAUCGAGUACAAGAAAAUGGAAAAGAACGCGCUGUCUCGCUCCUAUAAUUCCAAUAACGCUCCGCUGAGCUGGUCUCACUACGGCAGCUCUAGGGAUAUGCAUGCCAGCCAGGGGUCUCUGGUGUUUAGUGCCAGGGACGGAGGGCCCUACGGAGCGCUGGGCCUCUGUGACGAUGUGUUUCCCCAAGGACAGCAGAGCUACACCAUGGACCCUCACAGAAAAGUGCCUUUGAUGAACGGUCAGAUGGGCCCCUCUGUCCGUCCUCAGGCGAGCCAGGGGUCCAUGGCCCGCCACCCCUCCAGAGAGCAGCUCAUUGAUUACCUAAUGCUCAAAGUCUCCCAUCCUCCCCAGGGGCCGCCGCGUAUCCCGCCUGAUGCUCUGCAGCAAGAGGUGAGGCAUGGGGUAGAACUACUUGAAACACUGAACUGUUAAAAGCCUUUUAUAUUUUCAUGAUACUCUUUAUUAGAUGUCUUUAUUGGCUGAGCUGAAGCUUGGUUAAAAGAAGAGUUCCACAGUUUGAGGCUGUCUGAUGUUUGAUUACUUUCUUGCAGAGCAUUGGAAGAGAAUAUUAAUACUCUAGUG